AUGCUUGCGGAGCCUCCCGAGGUCUCCAGCACCGACGCCAGUGACCAUAUCAACAGCUUGAAGCGACGGAGGGGGGAUCGUGUUGCCGGUACUUGUAGCCAGAUCCUUGAUACCGAGGAAAUGAAGCAUUGGCUCGGCCAGGGCUCUGGGAUGGCCAAUGACCGAGAGGACCGAAAUAUACUAUGGCUUCAUGGGAACCCCGGCACCGGAAAGUCAACAAUGGCGAUCACGCUGGUCGAAGAGCUGGCGCAAACACCGUUCUUCCAAGAUGAAGACAAAAUACUCGCCUAUUUCUUUUGCGACACAUCCAUGGAGAAGACCAGAAAUGUGACCUCUCUACCUGGGGCCCUACUCCACUCAUAUCAUGAUAAAUAUAAAAAUUCAAUGCUUUCAUUGGCAGUCAAUUUGGACUGCGACGAGGAUAGCGAGAAGAUAACAAGUGCAGAUCGCGGGCGACAUAUCUAUCUGGCCAUCUCCGGGAUGCAGUCAGAAGUCAUCAUUUCCUGGAUUGGUGCCGAAGUUAUAGCCCUUCUUCUCGCCCGAGCCGAAAAUCAAAUCGAGUUAAUUGCGUCCUUACUCUACAUCGCCGAGAGCAAUCUUGCGGUCAGGGAUUCUGUGGAAAUCCUUCUCAAUCGGCAAUAUCCCUCUCUUAUGAAGGCGUUGAGCGAGCUCGACGCCGGUGAGAUUAUUGCAUCCGCUGCAAAAAUCGGCUCGCCAUGGGAGGGCUCAUGA